AUGUUUGAUAAUUCCAAAAUAAAGGAAUACAAAGGCCACAAAGAAAAAGUACACACAGUCGCGUGGAAUUGUGACGGACGUCGAUUGGCAUCCGGAUCUGUUGACAAGACUGCCAGAGUUUGGACACCUCAUCGUGGCACGGACAUUCGGUACUCGAUUGAGCUCAAAGGACACACAGACAGUGUAGAUCAACUUGAUUGGGAUCCAACUCAUCCAGAUCGUUUAGCUACAGCAUCGUGCGAUAAGACAGCUCGUGUGUGGGAUCAAAGAUCCGGAAAGUGUACAGCUGUAGUCCAGACAGGCGGAGAAAACAUAAACAUAUGUUGGAGUCCUGAUGGUAAUAAUAUUGCUGUGGGGGAUAAGAGUGACACUAUAAGUAUCAUCGAUACUCGCACCUACACAAUUGCUAAAACCCAGAAACACAACGUGGAGGUCAAUGAAAUUGCAUGGAACAAUGCAAACAACCUAUUUUAUGUUACAACUGGACAGGGAACUAUAAAAGUGUACGAAUAUCCUUCACUUAAACUCCUUCAGUCUUUGCGUGGACAUACUGCGAACUGCUAUUGUGUCGAAGCCGACCCAACCAAUAGAUACCUGGCCGUUGGAUCAGCAGAUGCGAUGGUGACAUUGUGGGAUAUGGAAAAGUAUACUUGUGUCAGAGCAUUUUCUGAAUUAACAUGGCCAGUGCGUACACUUAGUUUCAGUUAUGAUGGUCAAUUCAUCGCAUCUGCCUCGGAAGAUAACUUUAUUGAUAUUUCUCAUGUCGAGAGUGGCGAAUCUGUUCAUCACAUUGAAUGUACUGCUGCCAUGAACACUGUCGCAUGGCAUCCACGCGAUUAUUUCUUAGCUUACGCAGGCGAUGAAAUGAACUCUGAAGGAAAAUACGCUGGAAAUCUCAAGAUUUUCAAUAUCAAAGAUCCAAGAGAAACUCUGUAG